UAAAGCCAAAACAAAUUAAAUAAAUAUAAAGUAAAUUAAUGGCACUUGCAUCAAUUUUACGUCGAUCACAUAUUAUUCUAGACAACGCACACGCCGUAAGAACAGUCGCAAAUUUGUCGUAUAAAAUAUUCGGAGAAAGCGACGUAGAUCCUGAUAUCCCACCAAUAUUUCUAUUUCACGGUCUCUUAGGAACGAAAAAGCAUUGGGAGAGCUUUGGAAAAACUAUGAUGAAUAUGACUCAACGGAUUGUGGUGGCUGUCGAUUUGAGAAAUCACGGUGACAGCCCUCAUGUGAACUCCCACAAGUACGAUGAUAUGGCGAGGGAUAUCCUAAAGUUGUUCUCGAAAUUAUCAAUUGAAAGGGCUAGUGUUGUGGGACAUGGCAUGGGUGGAAGGGCUUCUAUGUAUGUUGCUUUGAUGGCGCCAGAGAAGAUAUCGGCACUGUUAGUGGUAGACAUUUCACCAGUUUCGACUUGUGUUGACCUGAGAGAGCAGUUCCCAAAAAUCAUGUCUAUGAUGAAAGACAUCAGUUUUAAAGAUCAAAAGAAGGUUAAGAUCGCUCAAAGAGAAGCUAAAAAAAAAUUAAAAACCUUGAUAAGUGAUGAGAUUUUACUAAAAGCCAUUUUGUCUAAUGUAACAAUGAAGUCUACUGGUUUCAUCGGCUGCUUCAAAUUUUGCCGUCGACAAAAUCGACAUCGAAUGUCAUAUUUAACGAAAAUUAUAACCAUUUUGCCCUAUAAACAUUCAUUUUACAAUUAUGUUCAUUCAAGAACUGCCGUUGACCUGGUGUAUAAAGUUCACGGAAACGAAAAUUAUAACAACGCACCGGUAAUCGUUAUUCAUGGAUUGUUAGGAAUGAAAAAGAAUUGGGAAAGUGUUUCUAAAAAGAUCAAUGAAAAUACAAGUAAAACUGUUAUUACGGUCGAUGUAAGGAAUCACGGAGAGAGUCCUCAUACUUCCUCGCAUACGUAUCACGAAUUAGCGUCGGAUAUAUCUCAACUUAUAAGUAAAUUAUCGCUGAAAACUUCGCACAUCAUCGGUCAUAGUAUGGGCGGCAGAACCGGUAUGGUUUUGGCCUUGACCGAGCCCUCAAAAAUAGAAAGUUUAAUAGUUGUCGACAUAUCUCCUGUGUCAACAGCUGGUAUACUGAAUGAUUUCUUUCCCAAAUUAAUAAAAGCGAUGAGAACUACGAAUUUCGAAGGAGCCGACAAUAUCAGCAAGGCGAGGAGUAUAGCGAGAGAUCACCUUGCAUCGUCGGGUCUUGUCAAACCCGAGUCUAGUGGAUUUAUUCUCAUGAAUAUUGGUCCCGUGAAAGGUGGAUCGUAUGGGUGGAUAUGUAACUUGGACACACUUAUAAAACAUUUUAUUGAUAUAGCAACAUUUCCGAGCAAUCUGAAUGGGAAACAGUAUUCUGGUAAAACUUUAUUCAUUGGUGGAGAUGAAUCUAAUUAUAUUCCACCAGGAGAUUUAAAUGGGAUAAAGCAAUAUUUUCCGAAAGCCGAACUGGAGUAUGUAAAAGGGGUGGGACAUAACGUACACGCUGAAGAUCCAAGUACUUUUUUGAAAAUUGUAACUAAA